AUGCGUUUAUUCGUUGGUUACAAAUCAUCAAAUCAAAGCUUUAAACAAUUAGAAGUAGAAACCGAAAGAGGUGAUGCCGGUUAUCUUCAGAUGGAUUGCGCCCGUGAAUCUUUCGCAUUUGCAACAUAUAAACCAAAAUCAGAAAGGAAAGUUAAAAAGUUUGUUCAUUCGUUAUAUAAUAAUGUUCAAAAAUAUGAUAACUCAGUAUGUGGUAAAUAUAUUGACCCUUCAGAAGUUUUCAAGAAAGCAAAUGAAGAAGUUGAUGUCACUUUUGAUAUGAUUAUUCCGGUAAAUGAUUUGUUAGCAUUUCAGGCGUUCGAUGAUUAUCCUAAAUCAUUUGGUGAUAUCAUUCUUAAAUAUUAUGUUUUCAGGGAUACUUUAGUAUUUUGUCAGGUUGACCCGUUAAGAGUUGCUGAUUUACAAAAUUACGUUUAUGAAAAGAUAACUGAUGAAAAUUAUGAAAAGAUUAUGAAUCAUGUUUAUAAAUAUGAUCGCAAAUUCCAACAAAUCGGACUUCCUGCCAAAUUAAUUACAAGCUUAGCCGCUACAUCUGCUGACGCAACAGUUGACGACGUUAUUAUUUCAUGCACAAAGAUGGAAGUUUUAGAGGAUAAAUGCAUUACACCAGGAUACGGUUUAAUUGAAGAAUCAGUUAAAGCAAUACCACGUUUAUUCAGUAAGGAAGAUCCAUUCAUGAUUCCAGCUCAACAUAUUGACGUUCGUUCACUAAAUGGAGGUUGCAUCACUCCUGAAGGUAUUAGCUCAGAUUUCUCAUACGCUCUUCAUAAUGUUACAGAUGUUGUGUUAACAUUUCCGAAGAAUGCAAUGCAAAGAACAGUUUUAGAAAAAUCCAAUGCUUCGAGGUCUUCAGG